AUGGUUUACAACAAGCAACAACAGCAGCACGUUGCCAAAAUCAUUCGUCGAAGUGACGGGACUAUUUUGAGGAGAGUUUCCUUGGAGAAACCUUCUAGAAAGAUACUAGAUUUUUCGAAACACCUUCUAGGUCCACAGACGAAGAAGGUGUCAAAGAGAACAAAAUUUCCAUCAGUUCGUCUGGUUGUUUAUCAGACCAACCUGGAGGUUGAAAAGAGGAUCCAAAAUGAAACGACCAAGUAUUAUUGGGUUCUUAAGGCCAAGAACAAAGCCGCUAAUGAAUCAGGACACGGGAGUGUCCAGAAGCAAUUAUUCCUCGACACUGAAUCACACCCGACAGACAUGCUGUUGGAAAAACCCGCACCCAUUCAAAAGCACCUUAGGUGCUGCAUGAUGAAAACUUGCAAAGCGGCUCGCUGCCUCGAGGCCCUUCGCAACAAAUCAACUUCCAGAUAA